AUGCCGAGCUCAAAAAACGACUAUCUCAAGUCCACCCCCGCCAACACUCCCACAAUCACCCCAGAGCCCCCCAGCAAUAAUGACCAGGCUAAACCCACAGAAAGCCCAUUGGAGAAUCUUCUUGACCCCGUGCAGCUCUUCAUGGAGAUUACCAAUGUUGAAACACCGCCUGAUUCUUCGUCAUGGCCCCAUAAUGUCUCUUUAAUGAACUUGUUUUCUGAUGACCUUGUUGAACCUCAACCGGAUCCCGAUAUCGAACCCCCUUUGCGGAGCGAUUCUAAGGAGCUGACCGGUUCUUUGGACUUCAGCUAUAUUCUGAGCCCAAGUCUUGAUAUCUUGAACAUCCCAGAUGAACUCAAAUUUAUCAUGCAAUACCAUAUUUGUGAAGUUGUACCGAAAUUAUGUGUGGACAACUUAUCUCCGCAAAAUCCCUAUCGCGAAUACGUACUACCUCUUGCCAUUGAGGAGCCAUCAUUACUAUACGCCUGUGCGGCACUGGCAGCAUGUCACUUCAAUGUACGCCUGUCUACAAACCAAUUCGAGAAGGAAUUCUUCCGAUUCAAGGGAAAAGCCAUAAAAAGAUUGCAGGAGAAUCUGUAUUCUCCGAUCCGAGCAAAACACCCGGGAACGCUUGCGACAAUACUCAUGCUUUGCUUGUGUGACCUUUGCCAUGGAGAGGUAUCGGACUUCCAGUCGCAUUUCCACGGGGCUAGAAAACUCAUCGAGCUGCGCCAAGAGCGGACGACCGGCUGCUUUGUAGAACAAUAUCUAGCUUGGUGA